AUGCGGUCCAUCAACGAUAUCCGAGGGUCCUCGUCGACGCUGUCGGGGGCGCCGAGCUUAACGAUGAGCAAACCCAGCUUGAACAACAGCAAGGCGAGCCUCACACACAGCAGACAGAGUAUCAGCACUUCGAAUCGGGAGGACAGACCACCAACCAGAGAGGAGCUCAUUGCCGAGUUUCUGGAUAAGGCAAAAUUCUACACAUCCCUCUGUCUAGGCACCACCGCCAUCUUGUCUGUGUUUGCAUUUCUCUUUCUGAUACCGUUCGUGGUGGAUCCCGCAAUAUCAACGAUCGUGGCGGAUUACGAUCCCAUACCGGUGACGUGCGUCGUGACGGAUCAUGUGUACGCGGAAGGGAUGCGUAACUGUACGUGGAGUUCGUGCCGGGAAGGAUGCACGACCGCCGCGAUCCGGUGUCACCAGCUGCUGGUUAACUACACCAAGGUAGCAUUUCACGAAUGGCACAAACAUCCGCGAGAUCUGGACAGCAUCGAGUGGGACGUCAUGGAUACGAAGUUUCUCGUCAACACCGAAGGUUGCGGGUAUCCACCACGAGUGAACUGUUCGGAAUUUGCUAAACAGUACGGUUACUCGCACGUUGGAGAACCGUUUCCCUGCUACUACAGUCGUGCCUACCCAGAAAUCGUAGUUGCUCGCUACUCCUGGGAUGACAAUCUGAAGCACCUGAUACUAUCGCUGAUCAUACCGAACGUGCUGUUCGCUGUGUCAAUCGGUGUUCUGAGCUACUGGUAUUGUCCUUGCUGUGAUAAAGCCUGCCACAAGUCGCCUCGGGUCUACGCGGAGAAGUAUCCUACGAAAGAGAACAAACUUCUAUGCCGUAGUGACGAUGAGGAAGACGAACUAGACUACUGA